AUACUUAAAACUUAUUUUCUUUUUCCUUCCAGAAGCAAAAAAAGUAGCACUGCUCUGAAAAUUGAAGCUUAUGAAGAGUAUUUUAAGAAGCAGCAUGCAGACUCCAACUGUGGUUUCGCUGAAGAGUAUGAGGAGUUGAAAAAUGUUGGAACUUCACAGUCCAAAGAAAUUGCACUUUCUGCUGAAAACAAGCCAAAGAACCGUUACAGUAAUGUGUUACCUUACGAUGCUUCAAGAGUGAAAUUAUCAAUAUGUGGCAGCGCCUCUGAUGACUACAUCAAUGCAAACUACAUCCCAGGCUACAAUUCAAGAAAAGAGUUUAUAGCCGCCCAGGGUCCGUUACCCAUCACUGUGAAUGAUUUCUGGAGAAUGAUUUGGGAAAAGAACGUCUACACUGUAGUGAUGCUGACCAAAUGCAAUGAGCAGGGACGAGUGAAGUGUGAGAAGUACUGGCCAUCUGGGACAACUCACUACCAUAACAUCUCUGUGACAAUCACUGCAGAAAUAACAAUGGAGAGCUGGACCAUAAGAGACCUCAGCAUCAAAAAUGUGAAAACAGCGGAGACUCGCAAUGUAAGGCAAUUCCACUUCACGGCGUGGCCAGAUCAUGGAGUUCCAAAAAGCACUGAACUCCUCAUUGACUUCAGACAUCUAGUAAGAGAGCACAUAGACCAAUACUCACGCCACUCACCAAACGUGGUGCACUGCAGUGCUGGCGUGGGCAGAACAGGGACCUUCAUCGCCAUCGAUCGCCUGAUCUUCCAGAUUGAAAGAGAAAGUAUGGUGGACGUCUAUGGAAUUGUUAAUGAUAUGCGAAUGCACAGGGCUUUAAUGGUGCAGACUGAGGAUCAAUAUGUUUAUCUCCACCAGUGUGCCUAUGAUAUUAUUCGCUCAAGAACUGGAACCAACGUAGACUUAAUUUACCAGAACACAGAAGCACUUCAUACUUACAUGAAUUAUCCAAUUAAAAACUCGAAAUAAGAAUGGUUACAAGAUCCUUACUAUCUAAUCUCAUUGAUUUAAUAUUUGAUUUCAAAAUCCUGCAGUGCACAAUGCUUAAAACUUUUAAGGUAACAUUUCUUAUUUGGCACUGGCAAUGCUGUUCUUUAUUUUUUUAUAUUUAAACUUUAAAGAUGCAACAGCAAAAAUUUAAAAAGUAUAAUGUAUAAAUCAAGGGAUUUUUAUUUUUUUACCAAGACAUUUUCAAAAGUAUAUUUGUAUAAUUUAUUAUGAUUUUCAAUAAAAUGUGAAACCCCUGCAGAUAUAUGUAAUAUAUGUAUAGUUUAUUUAGAAAGAAAUAUCUGUUAUAAACCUACCAUCCUAGUGUAAUUUUGCCAUUUUCCUUCAACUGGCAAUAUCUGUAUUUGUUUUGUUUUUGCCAUAUCAAUGGAAAUGAAAAUUCAUAAAUACAGUGGACUAGUGUUGGGCAAUAUACCCCAUUUUGAGAUCGUCCUAUCGUCAGCCUGUGAGAUCGCCGAUACACGAUAGUAUCAGGGGGCGGCACAAUAAAUUAUUCAUUUAUUUAUUUGUUCAUUUUUUACAAACGUAUGACAAGUCACUUGAUUGCUGGACAAAAAAAAGCUGAUUUACUCUAAGGGCAACACUGUCAUGACCGCAACCUUCUUAAAACUGAUGCCAUUAAUGCCGAACGCUUCAUUAACUCUUUCUCCGCCAUUGACGAGUUAUAUUUAAGAGUUUUCUAGCAGAAAAAAAAUAUAGAUAGGAUGAAAUGUUUUUUCUCCGUUUUGUUUGUUUGUUUGAAAGCAGAGGGUCUGUUGUUUCAUUUGUUAUAUUUGUACAUUUAUAUAUUUUUAGAUGAAAAUUUUUCUGUAAUGCAUUUUGUGAAACUUUUGUGAAAAUUACAAAAUGUCAGGAUGUCAAGGAAAUGUCAAAGUCGCGGCAUUACGAGCUCAUAUGCGAGGAAGAGUCAGAGUUCAGGUGCUAGAAGGAGUCUAGGCUGUGCGCAUUCAGGUCCGAGCAAGAGUUCAAGACAUGCACAUUAAGUCAAGGUGUGUGCGAGAAGGAAUUUGCACGCGUUACAAGCUCUCUCGCGCAAUGGAAGCCCACAAACGAGGAAAAGCACGCAAUGUGCAUGUUAAUGUGAAACUAUGAUGAUAAUAAUAGUAACUAGGGGUGGAACGGUACAUGUAUUCGUUUCGAACCGAAUCGGUACGGGGGAUACGGUUCGGUGCAUGAAUUUAAACUGAGAAUACACGGUAUGAAAAUUAAAAAAAACUUGCGUGCAAAAUAAUUAAUGUAAUGCCGAACUACUGUUAGAUACGCGGGUUCUUUAUGGACAGCUAAUCUGUAGCCCCGCUUUAGCUCUGAAGCUCUGAUUGGCGCCGAUGCAGCCGAGCUCCGCCUAUGUAUGCGCUCUAUCAGAGCCUGUCUACACUCUCUGGCACUCUGCAGUUUUUUGUCAGGUCGACGCCAGUCCAGUUUUUUUUAUUUGUGCUCAACUUUACGCAGUGCCAUCAGCGACAGAGAACCGCGAGAAAUCUUGCGGAGAAGGCUGAUUUCAAAUCGCUCUCGCGUUACUCUGAUGUCAUCCACUUGUCGUUUCUUGCAGCGCCUCGUGAAGUCGUACAUACCUGUUAAUUCAUCCUACAUGUUCUUUAGUACAUUAAUAUGAAAUAAGGCCAAAAUGUAAUUUUAAAAUGUAUUUAGGUAACACUUGUAAUACAUUUGAACCCAUAUUUGUAUGAAAGAUGAGUACAAGAUUACUUAAAGUGGUAUACAUUUUUGUAAUACGAGAUAGUAUGUUAAAUGCAUUUCAGUUCAUAUUCAUGACAUCUCAAAAUAGCACCGAUAAGGACACCUAUGUUUUUAAGAUUAUCUUAAGUACUAAAAAAUUUGCCUUCUGCAUUUUUGUUUUGCUUUUCCCUCCAUUGUACCGAAAUUGAAUCUAACGUGACGCCUGAACCGAGGUACGAACCGAACCGGGACUUCUGUGUACCGUUCCACCCCUAAUAGUAACCAUGGUCAUGAAAGCCCGUUAUCGGCAAUAUGUCUGACGAUCGACGAUACAUGAUACUAUCGGCACAACCCUACAAUGGACGUAUAAAAAUAGCCUCUUUGACACAGUAAUUUCUGUAAACUACAAUAAAUUUACCAGACUGACUUUACCAGUAAAUACAAAAAUGUGCUAUUCACAUACGCAAUGAUUUAUGUCGUAAACUCUCUCAGUGCGGAGGUUUCCUUAAAAGCGGCAAUUAUAAAGCUCAAAGUUUAAUGCCAAGCAAUAUAUUAUCUUGAACAGAAUUCGCUUUUCAAGAACUACAGAGAAAGACCAGUUUGGACAUAAGAGUUUUUGCUUAACCUCCAUCCACACGAAUACUUCAGUCGCCAGCUAAGCUCAAACGGCUCUGGCUAAGCUAAGUAGCUAAGCGCUAUAGAGAUAAGAUACUGCGUUUUUUUUACACAGGAAACAUGAACAUGUUAUAUUGUGCACCGUAUCACAAUCAAAGCUUCGAAAAUACAGGAAACACCGGACCAUUAAACCGCCACGCCGCGUGGUCAGUGUUGUGUUCUAAACGAUGGUGGGUUAUGACUGUAUAUCUGCGUUGUACGUAUUUUGUUGUUUCUACUUCUGUGGCAAACGCUGACAGUCUUUCAAAGUUGUUCUUGACCAAACAAAGUUGUUUUAUAUGACUUCAAACUGAACUAUAGAGGAAAAGAGUCGCAACCUGCGACUAAAAUAUUAUACAGUUAUGUUUAAACAUAAAGUUUCACAGAGAUUGUGCGAAGGACGUGGACAAUUCAGCAAAGAGAUAGUAAACUGUUUUAAACAAUUUUGGUAAAGAGAUACGGCCGAUUUAGCACUUUACGUGUGUCUGCAGCAUCUAGAGAGAAACUUCUGUAAACACCGUGGAAAUACACGUCAUCUGUGGCGGAGUGUUGUGAUUGGCCUAAAGCUGUCCGCAUGUUCUGGUGUCGUCCAUACUCAUACCGGUAAACCUAUUUUCUGUUCACACAUACCACAUACCAGAAAGUUACUGCCAACUUCUCUCACACUGUAAAAAUUCCAUGUUGCACUUAAAUUUUUAAGUUUAAUCAACUUAAAUUUACAAUUAAUUUUAACUUUAUUGAGGAGUGAGGAGCUGCUAUAAAUUAUAAAAAUAAAGUUAGCUUAAGUUAUUUAUAUAUGUUGUAAAUUCAAGUUAAUUUAACUUAAAAAAAAAAUUUUUACAGUAAAAUUAAUUUUUUCUGACAAAUUGCCAGAACCGAUUUAACAGGAUAAAAAAAAGGUUUACACAUGAUCUCUUAACUGCAAUUUACCAGUAAUUAUUUUAUAGUGAUUAAUGCUCUGAAGUGAUAUCCAGACUACUGUAUGACAUUGCCAUGUUCAAAGUGUAUUUUAAGUGUUCUGUAUAUUUGUGUGUAAACAUGGGAAAUAUAACUGUAUGGUACAUAUGUGCACUUUGUUUCUUUAAAGGGUUUGUUAUGUGCAUUAUUGCUAGUUUUAUAAUAGUUUAUAUAACUAUGAACAGAUUAAAGUAAUUCUACUCUGCUCCUGUGUUUUUAAAACGUGUCUGUGUGUGUGUUGGUCUAAACAGAU